AUGGACAGAAGUAACCAUUCAUCAGGUGCAGCCAUGGAAUUCCUGCUGCUUGGGUUCUCCGACCUGAGCCACCUGCGGGGCCUCCUCUUUUUCAUCUUCCUCACAGUGCACGUGGCUACGCUGGUAGGGAACCUUCUCAUUCUCUUGGCUGUGGCCGCCGAGCACUCCCGCCCGCCCAUGCUCUUCUUCCUCUGCCAGCUGUCCGCCAUCGAGCUCUGCUACACCCUCGUCAUUGUUCCCAAGACCCUGGCUGACCUUGUCUCCCCGGGGAGGAGCACCAUUUCCUUCGUGGGCUGCGCCGCCCAAAUGCACUUCUUCGUGGCUCUGGGAGGGGCCGAAUGCUUCCUCCUGGCCGCCAUGGCCUAUGACCGCUACGCGGCCAUCUGCCGGCCGCUGCGCUACGCGGCCAUGAUGAGCCAGGAGUUCUGCCUCCAGCUGGCUGUGACCUGCUGCCUUGGGGGCUUCGCUGUCUCACUGGGCCUGACCAUGGCCGUCUUCCGCCUGCCCUUCUGCAGCUCCCACCGCAUCGACCACUUCUUCUGCGACAUCCCAGCUCUGCUCCACCUGGCCUGCACGAAGAGCUAUGCCAGCGAACUGCCCCUCCUGGCUGCCUGCGUCCUCCUCCUCUUGCUCCCCUUUGGGCUCAUCCUCAUCUCCUAUGCUUACAUUGCCGCCGCCGUGGUGCGGAUCCGGGACUCCGCCGGCCGGGGCAAGGCAUUCUCGACCUGCGCCUCGCACCUGGCUGUUAGCCUCUUGCACUACGGCUGUGCCACGUUCAUGUACGUCCGGCCCAAGUCCAAUUAUUCACCCAGCCGGGACAAGAUGUUGUCUCUGGUCUACACCAACAUUACCCCCUUGCUUUACCCUCUGAUUUACAGUCUCCGGAAUAAAGAAAUCAAAGGAGCGGUGAGGAAACUGCUGCAGAAGAAAGUGGCCCAGCCAAACUGGAACAUCUUUAACUGUAGCUCUGGGCUGUGUGGGCAUGCGGCCCAGAAACCUUAA